AUGUCGGCAUUAAGAAGGAAAUUUGGGGACGAUUACCAUGUUGUGACCACUACAGUGGGUGGUGGGUUCUUCCCUUCUGUUAAAAGGAAAAGACAAAGAUUUGUAGACAAGAAUGGACGUUGUAAUGUGCAGCACGGGAACCUAGGAGGAGAGACCUCCAGAUAUUUGUCGGACCUUUUCACCACACUGGUUGAUCUGAAAUGGCGAUGGAACCUUUUAAUUUUUAUUUUGACUUAUACAGUAGCUUGGCUAGUGAUGGCUUCAAUGUGGUGGACUAUUGCAUACAUACGGGGUGAUAUCAACAGAGGACAGGACGAAAAUUAUACACCUUGUGUGGCAAAUGUCUAUAACUUCCCUUCUGCUUUUCUUUUUUUCAUAGAGACAGAAGCAACCAUUGGUUACGGUUUUAGAUAUAUUACUGAGAAAUGCCCAGAAGGGAUCAUUCUUUUCUUGUUUCAGUCCUUGCUUGGUUCUAUUGUGGAUGCUUUUCUUAUAGGCUGCAUGUUUAUUAAGAUGUCACAGCCCAAAAAGAGAGCUGAGACUUUGAUGUUUAGUCACAAUGCUGUCAUUUCUCAACGAGAUGGAAAACUGUGUCUGAUGUUCCGAGUGGGCAAUUUAAGAAAUAGUCAUAUGGUUUCUGCCCAGAUAAGAUGUAAGGUCAUUAAGUCCCGGCAGACACCUGAAGGAGAGUUCCUACCAUUAGAUCAACGGGAGCUGGAUGUUGGAUUUGGUACAGGAGCAGACCAACUCUUUUUAGUGUCACCUCUAACUAUCUGCCAUGAAAUUAACACCCGCAGUCCAUUCUUUGAUCUCUCUCAGAAAUCAUUGAGAAGUGAGCAGUUUGAAAUAGUUCAAUUUGAAAUAGUUGUUAUUUUGGAAGGAAUUGUAGAGACCACAGGGAUGACAUGCCAGGCAAGGACAUCAUACACAGAAGAUGAAGUUCUUUGGGGACAUAGAUUCUUACCUGUAAUGUCUUUGGAGGAAGGGUUCUUUCGUGUAGACUACUCUCAGUUCCAUGCUACAUUUGAAGUUCCUACACCCUAUUACAGUGUAAAGGAACAAGAGGAUAAAUUACCCCUUAACUCCCCACUAAAUUCUUUCUGUAAUGAGAAAUACAAACGAGAAGGGGUCUGCUCAUUAGACUACCUCAAUGUGUUUGAAGUUGGAAGUAGCAUAUUGCCAACCAAACUUCAAAAACUUAAUCAGGGAAAUGAUGAUGUUCGGGGGAAAUUUCUAAGGAUGUGCACCAACAAUGUUGAGAGAGCUUGUAGCACAGGAGAUCUUCCGCUCAAAAUCCAAAGGAUCACCGUGUCCACUUGUGAAGAUAGUCAAGAAAACACACCAUUGAAAUACUUCAAAGUCAAACCACAAUGCAUGACACAGUCCACUGGUGAUCUCCAGCUGCAGAAGAAGGCUCAAGGCUUGUUAAGCCUGGGGUCUAUGAUGGACAGCAAUCUACCACCAAAAUUAAGGAAAAUGAAUUCUGGUUACAUAAGCUAAAAAGGAAAAGGAAACAGCUUGUCAAAUACUUUACUUAAAUACAUGGCCUUAAUCUAUGUAACAAGGAGAGACUUACACUGUUUCAUAACAUUUUUAUUUGUCAGAAAAUAUUGUUUCAACCAUUAAAACGUAUAAUUAAAAACAUCUGCCUUCUCAUACAUCUCAAAACCGAAUGUAAAAUACAUAAGCAUGAAAUUUAGCUACUGCAUUCUGUAGUUACUCAUUCUGGAAAAUGAAAUGAUACUGUGUCAUUAAAAUCUGUUAUGAACUAGA